CCAGCCGCUAUGGCGCCGCCGCAGCGCGGGGCGCUGUGCCUCUUCGACGUGGACGGGACCCUCACGGCGCCGCGGCAGAAAAUCACGGCGGAAAUGGCGGAGUUCUUGCAGAGGUUGCGUCAGAAGGUGAAGGUGGGCGUUGUCGGCGGUUCCGAUUUCGAGAAGAUCAAGGAGCAGCUCGGCGAUGACGUGGUUGAAAAGUUUGACUACGUGUUUCCGGAGAAUGGCCUCGUGGCAUACAAAGAUGGGAAGUUCUUCAGCAAGCAGAACAUUCAGGGUCACCUGGGUGAGGAUGUGCUGCAAGAUCUUAUCAACUACUGCCUGAGUUACAUUGCAAAGAUUAAACUGCCAAAAAAAAGGGGGACUUUUAUUGAAUUCCGAAAUGGGAUGUUAAAUGUGUCCCCCAUUGGCAGAAGCUGUAGCCAGGAAGAACGAAUUGAGUUCUAUGAACUCGAUAAGAAGGAGCAUAUAAGAGAAAAAUUUGUAGCUGAUUUACGAAGAGAAUUUGCAGGAAAAGGCCUCACAUUUUCUAUAGGAGGCCAGAUAAGCUUUGAUGUGUUCCCAGAUGGCUGGGACAAGAGGUACUGCUUAGGAAUCAUUGCAGAAGAUGGGUACAAGACUAUUUAUUUCUUUGGAGAUAAGACUAUGCCAGGUGGGAACGAUUAUGAAAUCUUCACAGACUCCAGAACUGAAGGCCACAGCGUUACGUCCCCGCAGGACACAAGAAGAAUCUGUGAAGAGCUGUUUUUUAAUUAAAAGACUUUCUUUUAGACUUCACAUUUACCAAAUGGUUAAGGCAGCUUAAUAAUUCAAACCAUUUCAUUCUGUAUUGCUUUUGUAAUUGGUCAUAAAUACUCAGUGCUUUGCAGGUGUAAAGGGAAGGGUUCAAGAGAACCUGGGUGACUGGUUAAUAGAGCAGAGCUCAUUUGGGACCAUCCUUUCACAGUUCCUAUUAGCAGAAGUACUUUUUGGUUAGUUGUGGUUUUGUUCUUUUUAUUUGUUUGCUUGUUUUUUUAAAGUCAUCAGCCCAAAUGACUUCACUGUGUCUCAUGUUUCCCCGUGGAGCAUUAUUUUGGGAACACUAAUUAAUUUCACUCAGAAAGCUAGACAUUUUUGGCCAGGUUAACCUGCAGAACUUGAUCCCUCACCUCUCUGUGCUUGAAGUCACAGGAGCUACAGGAAAAUAAAGGGGUGAUGCUGUUACAUUGAUGCAUUGUUUCAGAUACACCUGACAGCAUGUUUUGUAAGUCUGUGCAGGGAAAAAUGAACUUAGAUUUUCGUCUUGUUUUUUCCUUCUUUCCCUCACUUUAAACUAACUUUGCUAAUUAAUUACGCUGUACUCCCCCCUCAUCCCCCCCAUUAAUCUGCCUGUUGAUGAUUUAUGGCCUUAAAGUUGGCCUGCAAGGCUUUUAUGCCUUGUUUUGGCUUUGAAGCUGCUAUUUAAAAAUAAACAUUGUGAAGGCUUUUUAAAAACACGUGUAAAUAACCUUGUGCUAUGAAGACACGAAUUUUAAGACACCAGAGUAAAAGAUAUGUUGUACUAUUUAUUUUCUUUUCCUGGGGGUGGGAAGGCAGAACUGAGCCUGAAGUCCCUGAGCUUUCUCAUGUUUUAGGGCACAGUCAGCAGCAUGGGGCCUGUCAGCACUGGGAGGGCUGGGCCACCUGAUGCUCGUUGCCUCCUCAGCACAGCCUGCACUGCCAGCUGCAGGUACAGCUAAUGGACCCUCUGCUUUUUGCAGACUAUUUUAAAUCUACCGUGGAAAAAAAGGAAACCCAAUGCUAAAAUAACAUGAGUGCAGCAACAGAAUACAGUUUUGUCACUUAUUACACUAUUCCUGGUAAGAAUAUGGGUAGGUGAGAUUUUUUUAGUGCUACAAUAGAUGAUAGAUGUUUCUAUUAAAAUUCACAUUGAAGCAUGGCAAUCAGAGUAACUGUUAAUACUACUUCUCCUAUCUGGCAUUUGGAAAUUAAUCUCUUCUGGGAAUGGUUUAGUUGGGAAAAAGAGAAUAAAAAUCUCAUCAUGAAAAAAUUCUAACACUGUCAUCUUGGCAAAUAAAUUAUUUUAAGCAGA